AUGGCGGAUGAGAAUCCAUUUCGUGAUGAUGAAGCUGCAGAGGAAGAAGAGGAGAUUGAUGAAACCGGCUACAAGACGGUCAAGGAUGCUGUCCUCUUUGCAAUUGAAAUCAGCGAUUCCAUGAUAACGCCACGUCCGUUGUCGGAUCCCAAGAAGAAAGUAGUGGAAUCACCAGCCACUGCAGCGUUGAAAUGUGCAUACCACCUGAUGCAGCAGCGCAUCAUAUCUAAUCCUCGUGACAUGAUCGGUGUGCUUCUCUACGGGACGCAGGCGUCCAAGUUCUAUGAUGAAGACGAGAACAGCCGCGGCGAUCUGUCGUAUCCCCACUGCUACCUUUUCACAGACCUCGAUGUUCCCUCGGCACGGGAGGUCAAAGACCUUCGUGCUCUGGCAGAGGACGAAGGGGCAGCAAGAGAGGUGCUUGUGCCAUCGAAAGAACGGGUCUCGAUGGCCAAUGUACUGUUCUGUGCGAACCAGAUAUUUACCUCCAAGGCACCGAACUUCCUCUCCCGGCGGCUGUUUAUCGUCACUGAUAACGAUAAUCCGCACGGGGACAACAAGAGUCAGCGCUCAGCUGCCACUGUUCGUGCGAAGGAUCUCUACGACCUGGGUGUGGUAAUCGAAUUGUUUCCGAUCUCUCAACCUGAACAUGAGUUUGACAGCUCCAAAUUCUAUGACGAUAUCAUUUACAAGGCCUCCCCAAACGAUGUAGAGGCGCCCGCGUACUUGCAGGCUGAUUCAAAGGCAUCGACUACCUCGAGAGAUGGAAUUUCUUUGCUGAACGGUCUGCUAUCUAGCAUCAAUUCCCGGUCGGUUCCGCGGCGAGCACAUUUCUCCAAUAUGCCUCUAGAGAUCGGACCCAAUUUCAAGAUCUCUGUGACUGGCUAUCUCUUGUUCAAACGCCAGGAGCCUGCGCGAAGCUGCUAUGUCUGGCUUGGGGGCGAGAAGCCCGAGAUCGUCAAGGGUGUAACUACCCAGAUCGCCGAUGACACUGCUCGCACGGUCGAGAAAUCAGAGAUCCGAAAAGCAUACAAGUUUGGCAAUGAGCAGAUCUCAUUUACGCCCGAGGAGCAGAAAGCGCUACGGAAUUUUGGGGAUCCGGUGAUCCGUAUCAUCGGCUUCAAGCCACUCUCAGCGCUUCCCUUCUGGGCCAACGUCAAACAUCCGUUUUUCAUCUAUCCCUCCGAGGAAGACUACGUGGGCUCCACCCGAGUGUUCUCCGCUCUCCACCAGAAACUCUUGAAGGACCAAAAGGUGGGCUUGGUGUGGUUCAUUCCGCGCAAAAAUGCAGCACCGGUGCUGGGCGCCCUGAUCGCAGGCGAGGAAAAGGUUGACGAGAAUGACGUCCAGAAGUUCCCUCCGGGAAUGUGGAUUAUCCCGCUCCCAUUCGCAGAUGAUGUUCGACAGAAUCCCGAAACCAGCCUCAAUGUGGCGCCGGAGCCGUUGAUCGAUCAAAUGCGGACUAUCAUCCAACAACUGCAGCUGCCAAAGGCGAUGUACGAGCCGCAAAAAUAUCCUAAUCCAUCGCUCCAAUGGCAUUAUCGCAUUCUGCAAGCCCUAGCCCUAGACGAGGACCUCCCCGAAAAGCCAGAGGACAAGACGGUCCCGAAAUACCGACAAAUCGACAAACGCGCCGGCGACUACGUCCUCUCGUGGGCCGACGAACUCGAAAAACAAUAUGCAACGACAUCCGCCCACGCGCCCCAAAGUACCCUGGUGAAACGCACCGCCAAAGACCGAGCCGCCGAGACCGACGACCUCCCCAGCCGUCCGGCGAAGAAGGUGAAAGCAGAGAGUGGGCCCGAAGGCGUCGAUGAGGAUGUUCGCCGACUUUUCGAGAAGGGGAGUUUGUCGAAGCUUACCGUAGCUACCCUGAAGGAGUUUCUGACGGCGCAUGGGCGGUCUGCAGCGGGAAAGAAGGCGGAUCUUUUGGAGCGGGUGGAGGAGUUUUUGGAGUCGAAGUGA